UAAAAAAAGGAAAAGAAAACGAGAAAUGUGAAAAAUGGAUGCCAGGUCCUCUAUAUAAGGGGAUGAUUAGCAAUGCUAAAAUAUAUCACUCUUGCUUUUUCCUCACUUGCUCACUUUGUAUCAGAAGAAUUUGAAGAACUAGUAAGAAAGGAAAUAUGAAGGCGUGGCUUGUGGUGGCAACAUGGCUUUGCUGUUGUAUUUUGCUUGGAUCAGCUAGAGUUUACCCGUCAACAGAAAACGGUGACAUUGGAGAAUUUGGCUACCCAAUUGUAAGCUUGGCCACAGACACUGUCGAAGAGAGUGUAUACAGUACUUUCAUUAACAAUCUACGGAAGCAAUUACAAAGUGGAGCUGAGAGCUAUUUGAUACCACUGCUGCGUAGCCAAGUGCCUGUUACUAGUGACCAGAGGUUUAUCUUGGCACAACUUUCGAAUCCUCAACGCUCCACAACAUUGCUAAUAGAUGUCAUUAAUGUAUAUUUACUUGGUUUUAGAGCUGGAGAUUACUCUUACUACUUCAAUGAUACUUCUAACGAUAUAUAUAAUCUUCACCCUCUGCAAGCCAAAAACAAAGCUAGACUGCCAUUCAACAGUAGCUAUCCUGCUCUGGAGAAUUAUGGAGCAUUUAGAGAGCAAACAACAUUGGGAAUCACACAAUUAAACGAGGCAGUAUUUACAUUCAAUAAAUUUGCUACCCAUGAAGUGACAGCAGCCCAAGUCGCUCACUACGUUCUAGUUGCUAUCCAAAUGGUUUCAGAAGCUGCGCGGUUUAAAUAUAUUGAAGAUCAAUUGGUAGAUGAUUUCUUCUAUCUCGAUCCAAAACGAGGGGAUUUGAUCAGCCUUCAGAACAAAUGGGAGGAUAUCUCCUUUGCAAUACAGAGAUCUAAAGAUGGAACCUUCGAUAGAAUACAAUUGCAGGAUAAAGAGUAUAAGGUAUUUUAUGUGUCCACUGUUGCAGAGGUUAAACCCAAGAUAGCACUCUUGCUGUACUUGGCCACAAGCUCCCAGUCUUGGGGAUAUAAUGGGGACACUAGCAACAAGCUGCUGUCAAUGCUUUGAUUAUUUCUGUCAACUGUCUUAUGUGCUCAGCAUAAAUAAAGGACAUUAAGUGCUCAGCAUUUGGUUCUGUAUUUGCUAAAAUUCCCAAUGUACAUAUAAUGAAUAAGGUGAUGAAGGAAAUCAUCCUUGUUUACAAGUUUGAGAAUGGCUUUUGAGUAAAUUAUCAAUAAUCUUGUUUUUAAUUA